AUGGCUUAUACUUUGGUAAUAUUUCCUAUUACUAUCUUUAGUAGGAAAGCAUUGGAAACAUCGUUAAAUGAAAUCGGGCCAUUAAUUGAACUUUAUAUUCCGAAGAAAAGCAUUAAUCAAAAGAGACAGAGUUACGCUUUGGCCCGAUUCUUAGAUAAGGAAACUGUUGAUAAAACAAUUAAGGAAUUUGAUGGAAAGGAGAUUAAUGGCGUUAAAAUUUGUUGUCGAUUGCUUGAGAAUGGCAGAUUAACUAGUAAAGAUAAAGCUGAUAUCAGCAAAUCAAAUUUACCAGUAUACUUAGAAAAUAUUGAGAAAUCUCUUUCAAAUGAAGUUUAUUUAAAAUAUGUUAAGAGAAAAAUGAAUUCAAAAGCAACAAAAUUCGAAGAUAGGUAUCUUUCUGCAACUGCUUAUCCAAAAGGAAUGGAAGAAUUUGCUUCGAAAGACCAAAGAGAUUUGAAGCCUCUUGGACAUGGAAAAACUUUUUGGUCAUGGCAGUAUGUUCCUCAAGAAACUAUUAACAAAAUUAUCAAAAAAUAA